AGUAAUAACCAUUUGUCCUUGUUGCUCACGUUUCCUCUCCCGAACAAGAACGUCGAGGUUGUUGCGGCCGCCGUUGAUUUGCUCCGACAAUAAUAUUUCCCCAAACACAGAAUGCAAAUUCUAGUAGCCAAGUGCAAUCUACACAACUUUCACCGCAUUCAAUCAACAACCCCUUUUAUUUCAUCAUCUUUUGUAGCUUAUUUUCGAUCCACCCCCACAUCCUCCGAGAAAUGGGAGAACAAAUGGUUCAAGUCGCCGGAUUUUGGAGAUGCAAAGCCAUCUAAGACAUUUAUUAGAUACAGAACUCGGCAAAAACGUGCUGAUGCAAAGAAAGCUUUGAACGAUAUCUACUUCGGAAGUGGGAGCUCCAAAUUUACACUUGAGGGUGAAUAUUUGAAAAAGCGAUGGACAAAAAGUUGGGAUGACGAUCCAACAGAACACAAAAACCGAAGGGACCCGUCAGCUCGAAGAUGCUGGGAUGAUGAUCCAACAGAACACAAAAACAGAAGAGAACCGUAUGCUCGAAGAUGGGAUGACGAUCCAACAGAACGCAAAAACAUGAGGGACCCGCGAAGAUGGGAUGACGAUCCAACAGAAAACAGAAACAGAAGGGACAGUAAAGCUCAUCAAAAAAGAAAGAAAAAUAAGUGGAAAAGAGCAAACGAUUUUGAAGAAUUUGAUGAUGACGAUGAGGAUGAUCCUGAGAAGCAUUUCCAGGCAACAUUUGGAAAUCGACGGUAUUUUUGGUCUUUUAAGUCGUGGGAAGAGUCUUUUUCACAAAGUAAAAAAUCUGGAUGCAAGUAUUCAAAUACCAGAAAUAAAUGGAGGACUGUGAGUGAUGAUGAUGAGUCCUCAGAAGAUGAUGAUUCCUAUGUUGUUGGUUCACAUUCCGAUAGAGUAGCACUUGGUUUGCCGACAAACGGUCCGUUAAAGAUCGAGGAAGUAAAAAACGCUUUUCGCCUUUCCGCUCUGAAGUGGCACCCUGAUAAACAUCAAGGUCCAUCACAGGCAAUAGCCGAAGAGAAAUUCAAACUUUGUGCAAGCGCGUACAAGUCGUUGUGCAACGCGCUCUCACAGGUUUAGUCGUUUUACCAAUUAAUAUACAGUCGUAAAGAUGGUUUUCACGCCCAUCAGAAUUCAAAGGUAGGAGCGGUUUUUUUUGGUUUUUCUGCAUUUGCACGAGGCGUAAAUAUAACAACCAAGUAUUGAUGUGACUUAGUUUCUGAUCAGAACGAUUAUGCGUAUGAGUUUGAUAACAUGAUCGCGUAUACUUAUUUAAAAACUAUUUUUUGGACUUUGGUUUAUAUAUAGGAUUAAGAAUCAUUACCCAAAACUGAAUUUUUAUUCA